AUGUCGCAGCAGCAGCUCCAAGUGCGCCAAUCUCAGUGUUUUUCGCAUCGGGGUGUGCUGCAAGAGGAAGGGAGUGAAGACCUUUUCUGGAUUGCUGGUGGUGGAGGAGCCUUAAAAGACGUUUUAAAGGAACAGGCUGCAGCUAUAGAACUCAAAAUAGAGGAAAAAGUUACAUCUGCCUUUAAGGAGGUCUCGGAGGAAAUAUCUAGCAUCAAGGACCUAAUUCAGACUCCCCUGGGCCUAGAAGUGACCGGUAUCAACACCUUGAAAGACGAGAGCACCGAAGAAUUCUUUAAGGAGUUCGAGGACGUCUUUGGCACCGAUCUAGGUAAGUAUGUGGGGACCCCAAGCUCUUUUAGUUUGGACCCCAACAUAGCCCCCAUCAGGCUAAAACCCAGGAGAUUACCUUUCACUCUCCGCCCUAAAAUUGAUCUGGAAAUUGACAAGCUCAUAGGCCAGCGAAUCCUAGAGCCGGUAGAUCACGCCUCGGAAAAAUAUUUGCAAAAAUUGGACAUGGCGCAGGCAUACCAACAAUUGUCUGUAGAUGGUGCUACGGCGGAGGCCCAAACCAUCGUGAUGCACAGGGGUGCAUUCAAAUGUAACCACCUGCAAUGUGGAGUUAGGUACCUCAUCGAUGGCUCUGGGAUUCACCCAACCACUAAAAAAAUUAAAGCAAUCCAGGACGCUCCUACACCUAGCAAUCAGACCAAGCUGCAGGCAUUUCUCGGGCUCCUUAAUUUCUACAGCGUCUUUCUUAAACAGAAAGCCACUGUUGCUGAGCCCUUACAUCAUCUCCUGGCAAAGAACGUGAAGUGGUCCUGGGGCAGAGCCGAAGCAGCCGCAUUUGCUGCAGUGAAAAGCCUACUGUCAGCAGACACGUUCCUGGUUCAGACUUUGUCCACUGCCGAGCGGAACUACAGCCAGCUGGACCGUGAGGCUUUGGCUGUAGUGGCCAGUUUAAAAAGGUUCCAUGAGUACCUCUACGGCCAUGACUUUGAACUCAUCACGGACCACAAACCGUUACUGGGCUUUCUGGCUGGGGACCGACCUACUCCUGUUUCACUGUCGCCAGGUGAAUUGUUUGUUAUUAAUGGCUGUUUGCUGUGGGGGGACCGGGUCGUUGUUCCACCCAAACUGCGCGUUGCAGUAUUAGAGGCUUUACAUGUAGGGCAUCCUGGAAUUGUCAGGAUGAAGUCUUUGGCUAGGACAUACAUGUGGUGGCCUAACAUGGACAGGGAGAUUGAAGAAUGGGUGGCUACCUGCACACCGUGCCAGGAGUCCAGACCAGCUCCCCCAGAGGCACCAGCUAAGGAGUGGGAGCGGCCUCAAGCACCAUGGUCUAGGGUGCACAUAGAUUUCUCUGGCCCAGUUCAUGGCCAGACAUUCUUGGUAGUUGUGGAUGCCUACUCGAAAUGGCUAGAGGUAGUCCUCAUGACCUCUACCACAGCAGAAGCAGUCAUCAAGGUACUACAGAGACUUUUCUCCACGCACGGCCUGCCCGAUGUCCUGGUCUCUGACAACUGGCCCCAGUUCACGGCCAUGCAAUUCGAGACCUACUUAGCAGCACAGGGAAUCAGACAUGCCCUGGUCGCGCCAUUCCAUCCGGCCUCCAAUGGUCAGGCAGAGAGAAUGGUGAGAUCUGCAAAAGAGGCCCUAUCCAGGAUGNUUGAAGUGUUCGAAACAGCCAAAGAUCUAUCUGAGCCAACGCCACUCCAAUCGGUCGCUUGGUCAGUGCUCCAACAGACGCUGAGGACACACUACGCUCCCAAGCCGUCUAAACACGUCCGCCGGCACAAAUUUAAUAUUCACAAUCAAAAGGAAGGCAAAUCGAUCAAUGAGUACAUUGCAGCGCUAAGAAAGGCCGCAGCAUACUGCGAGUUCAGAGACCUAGAGGAACUCAUACUUGACCGCAUCAUAUGCGGUGUGCGGGACAUUAAUUUACAGAGGAGAUUACUUGCCAAGUCUAAUCUCACUCUGCAAAUUGCCUUGGACGAAGCCAGGGCAUCCAAAUCUGCCGUUAAGUCUACAGAAACCCUGCAGCGCCAAAGCACUCCACAAGACGCGUCAAAGAACGCAUGUGUACACCACGAGGCUACAAAGGCCAUGGGCUCAGAAAGCAAAGAUGACAGCUGCCGCAUGCGCAGUGACCGCACCAAGGCGGCAUGCAAAUUCGAACCGCGUUUCCAGUCUUCUGCAAGCUGUGGAGGAGACCAUGCCAGAUCAUUUUGCCAUUUCCACAACGCCCUCUGCCAGCGCUGCGAGCGAAAGGGGCACAUUGCCAAGACUAUCCCUAGCCUGAAGAAGCAGCAUCUACGCGCCCCUGACAUCUGCCUUCGCGAUUACCAGCGGAACCGAGUCCCCAUCGUGGGCCAGGGUACCUUCCGGGUGCAAUUCAAAAACUUCAGCGGCCAGCUCCCAGUGACGGUGGUCAGCGGUAGCCCUUUGCUGGAUGAUUUCAGGGGGUUUUGCGAGCACCUCACCCUCAUGUAUGAGGACCCCAUUAAGGAGGAAACAGCCACCAGACUGCUCAAGACGCUGCAGCAGGGCCGGGGUUCCUUGCAGGAUUAUGUCAGCGAAUUUCGGCUCCUAACCAAGAUUUGA